UGCAGCCAACUUUCCGAUUUCCCACAUGUCCGUUUGUUUGAGAGAGCACCGCCGCUGCUGCCAAAUGUCGGAAUUUCGGGAUCGCAAAGAAAACUUCUGUCUCUCCAGAUCGCCGCUCAACAUUCGACUGGCGCGGAGCGCCGGUCAGCGAAACAUCAAGUUCUCCGGGAAAAAGGAGGAGGCCUCUCACGGAAUCACGCUGAUCUCUCGUGCAUUUAUGAAGCAGUGCGUUGGGAGAGUACCCCGCAGUCUGAUCUGCGAAAAUCACGUUUUUUAUGUGGGGGAAAAGCUUCAGGUUUGGGGGAUAGACCUUCAUGUUUUUAUCCAGCUCAUGCCAGAUUACUAAAGCUUGUUAGUAGAAAGUCUUAGACUUGUUCAGAAAGUCCGGAAGCUGUUUUAACACAGCAUGGAGCCUGCCUGACUGAUUCAGAAACAUGGCGAUUUCCCAUCUCAUGGAUGAAAUCGAAUAACCCGGCAGCGGAACUUCCGCUGAAGCUUAUGGGAUCCUUUGAUAUUCUGAGAGUCCUCGAUAUUGCCAUAUUUCUGGAAAAUUCCCUGAUGAUAAAAUAGCCAGAUUUCCUGGAAAGCUGCGGUUGGACGCCCUAGAACCCCCCAUUGACCACCCAUCUUCUGACCAGGCCGGCUUCUUGUAACUCUUCGCAGCAGUCACGGCACGAAGGCGACUGCUGUCACAGCAGCUACGGUGUUUGUCAGCGACGCUACCAACCUUCGCUUACGGAGUCCCCACGCUUCAAACGACGAUGCCUUGAUUUGGAGAGACCUUCUGAGCUGAGCAGCCUGGAUCUUUCUGUGCAGUAGACGCUGAGAUCAGUCAGGUAUGAGCAUGUCACGAGAUCAAGCUUCAGGGUUCAGAAACUGUUCCUCAUUUCCCGCUGAGGAAGGGGAGGAGGCGGAGGAACGAGAGCGAGCAACACACUCUAGAUCCGUUCUGGAUCUGAAUCUUAGACUUGGUCACGCGGAUGAGCUACUGGGUCAUGGAGUAGCAGCAGCAGCAGCAGCAGCAGCAGCAGCAGCAGCAGGAGCAACAGCAGCAGCAGCAGGAAUUCAUGCCAAUGCCAGUAUUGCUGCCACAGUGCCGGAAUCAGAUUUUGAAACAGAUGACAAGAUGAUGGUUUUGGGGGGAUUGUCUAUGCGGCGAGGAGAGUGGAUGUCCCAAAAGGAAGCCUCCAUGGUCACACGUGCUGCUGUACUUGAUCACACGCCGUGGAAUGCUGCUGUUGCUGGUGCUGCUGGUGCUGCUGUCGAUGCUGCUGGUGGUGUUGCUGCCGGUGCUGCUGUCGAUGCUGCUGGUGGUGCUGCUGUCGCUGCUGCUGUCAGUGCUGCUGUCGAUGCUGCUGUCAGUGCUGCUGUCGAUGCUGCUGGUGGUGCUGCUGUCGCUGCUGCUGUCGAUGCUGCUGGUGGUGUUACUGCUUCUGGUGGCUCUUCUGCUGCUGGUGCUGCUGCUGGCUCUGCUGCCCUGGAUCGUGCUGCUGCCAUGGAUCACACGCCAUGGCAUGCGGCUGCUGUCGAUGCUGCUGGUGCUGCUGCUGGUGCUGCUGGUGGAUCUGCUGCUCUGGAUCAUGCUGCUGCUCUGGAUCGUGCUGCUCCGAUGGAUCACACGCCGGAAACUACUGCUCGGGGUGUUCCUGCUGCAGCUGUUCUUCCUCCUGCUUCAACUGGAUUUACUCCUAGGUGUGUUUCCUCUCCUGCUCCCAGUGGUGUUGCUGGUGGUGCUGCUGCUUCUGCUCUGGAUCGCAUGGCAUGGCGUGCUGUUAUUGGUACCCAGGAAAUAGCUUCUCGGGGUGCCUCUGCUGCUGCUGCUGCUGCUGCUGCUGCUGCUGGGGGGGGUGGUGGUGGUGCUGCUGCUGCUGCGGCUACUGCUGCUCCCAUUCUGGUGAUCGAUGCCAAAAAAAAACCAUCCUCGCAGUCCGAUCAUUUUCAUGCAAUUUCAGGCUCUCCGGCGAUUCAGGCUCCAUCAUCAAGUGAGCCUUUUCAGACUCGUCGCGCCUCUGGGCCUACGAGUCAUCCUGGGGCUCUGGAGUCUAUUUUUGAGCCGCCUCGAAAAUCGGCUCGUCAUGCCAUGGGGCUUACUGAAGCUGGGCCUCUGGAGUCUACCGAACACACUAGUGGAGCCGCGGAUAAGAUCCUAGGUGGUCAUGACGUGGCGAUGUUGCCAAAGAAGCGCGCGCGACACAUGACAGCAUCUGAUUCGCCGGAUUCAGCAAGAGCAGUGGGCGGUUUGUUUGCGGGUGCUACAACUGCUGCCCAUUCUGCUUCCACUGCUGCUGCUACAGCCUCUCCUGCUGCUACACCCUCUUCUGCUGGUAAAGGCUUCCCCUCCACAGGUCCUUCGACUACUAUCAGUGCACCAGCCUCCUCCCCCGCCCCCCCCUUCCUCUCCUCCUCCCCCUCCGCUCCCCUCUCCUCGACAUCUGCCCCUCUCCCCUCCCUCCUUUCUCCUCCUGCUCCCCCUCUCCCCUCCUCCUCCUCCGCUCCUUCCUCCUCCAAUUCUCCCUCCCUGACGCCUCAAAUGAGCCGACUUUUAGCUAAGUGGCUGAGGUCAGACGGCCAGGGCCCUCACUACUGCGUGCUAUGUCAGCAGAGUUUCCCGACUCCUGAAACUCUCGACCAACACAAGCGCGACAAGUGGCGCUGCUCAAGCGCCAUGGAGUCUGCUGUGCUUGCAGCUAAUGCUGCCAGCUCAGCUGGAGCUACAGUAUCCGGUUUGGCAAACGCGGCUGGAAAUCUGGUUGGGGGGAAAUUGGUAGCAGCUGGGGGUAAUCCUGCCAGUGAGAGCAGAGCUGCUGUGGUUGGCUCGGAGGGAAAGGCGGGACGGAGUGUCGCUUUGGAUGGGUCUGCUAUCAAGAGACCUGUUAGUGGGAGGCGAGAUCAACACCAUCACCACCACCGCCACCACCACCACCACUAUCAGAAUCAGAGCUUCUCAGGUGCUACCCAGGCUGCUGCUUUUGGUGGUGCUGCUGCCAGGGGAGCUGCUAGUCAUGAUUCUACUGACGCUGGUGCUGCUGGCGGUGCUGGUGCUGCUGCUGCUGCUGCUGCUUCUGCAACUGCCAGCGAGGCUGGCAGCACAAUUCCUGGACCGUUAUCACUUCUGCUACAGUCACAACUCGCGAAGGCGCUGCUACAAAGAAGCACAAGCACCUCGGUCCACAGUCCCGUUACAAGCUCCCUCCAGGUUCCGUUACAAGCCCAGCAGCAGGCACACCAAGCGCUGAUUGGUCAGGCUAGCAGCAGACAGCCCACAGCCCCAGAGCACAGUAGCGGCAUUCAGCUUGCUGCCUCACAGAGUAAUAGCAACGCCAUGCACAUUCCAAUUCCAUUGAGCCAGAUGCAGGCUGUUACCAAACAGCCCACAGCCCCACAGCACAGUAGCGGCAUUCAGCUUGCUGCCUCGCAGAGUAAUAGCAACGUCAUGCACAUACCAACCCCACUUAACCAGAUGCGGACUGCUACCCAACAGCCCACAGCUCGAAUGUGGCCGGACAAUGCCCACAGGUACGCUGGCAUCCUCGCAGCUUACAGACAGUCCUUGAGUGUAGCCAUGGAUAAUGGAGCAAGCAGAUCGAGGGGGGAGGCCUCAGGCCCUGGGGAAGGGCCAUCGAUCAUUGAGGCGCCUCUCAACUUAGCUUACAAAGAGUCUCUGGGCGCUUCUGUGGAUAACAGAGUGAGCAGUUCAAGAGGUGGGGCGUCAGGUUCUGGGGAAGGGCCAUUAGGAGCAGAAGUGGCAGCGGCUAGAGCAGCUGCAGCUGCUGCGGCAGCAGUGUUUCGGGUGUUAGGGGUAGCGGGGUUAAGAGCAGCCGAAGCAGGGAGAACAGAAGCAGGAGCAGCAGGAGCAGCGGCUGCUGAUACAGGAGCAGUAACAAGGGCAUUAGGGGGAGCAGGGGUAGGAUCAACGGCAGCAGGAGGAGCAGGAAUAGGAGCAGCAGAAGCAAGAAGAACAGAAGCAGGACUGGCAGUUGCAGGAUUAGGAGAAGCAGGAGCAGGAGGAGCAGGGGCAAGAGGAGGAGGAGGAGUCGGGCCGUCGGCACUUGCAGUGGCGGCAUUGGCAGCAGCUGCAACAGCUGCUGCUGUUGCAGGAACACAAGGAAGAGCAGAAGAAAGCACAGCAGGGAGUCACGAGGGGACAGCCGUAGAACAAGCGAGGGGGGCGUCGACGACAAGAGGGGAGACAGGCCCCAAUCUGAGUCGUAUUCUCUCCCAGUCAGGUGGUCAGGAGAGUCCUCAGGUGAUUCUGUUGGCGCUUCUUGCUCAGUUGCAAGCCCAGGAGAAAUCCCAGGCCGAGCCCCUCUCUCGGGGGCAGCAGCCAAACCUGCAGCAAUCAAGACAGCAGCUGAAACUAGAGCACUUGAGCCACCAGCUGAACUAUCCAGCUCAGAUGCAAGGGCAGGAGGGACAGCAGCAGGAGCUAAACCAUCAACAACCGAACCAGCAGCAAUCAAGACAGCAGCUGAAGCUAGAGCACUUGAGCCACCAGCUGGUCUAUCAAGCUCAGAUGCAAGGGCAGGAGGGACAGCAGCAGGAGCUAAACGAGCUACAACCGAACCAGCAGCAAUCAAGACAGCAGUUUGAACAGGAGCGGUUGAGCCACCAGCUGGGCUUUCCAGCUCAGAUGCAAGGGCGGGAGGGACAGCUGGAGCAGCAGCAACAACCACCAAACCAGCUGCAUUCAAGGCAGCAGCACUCGACUGAGCAGCGAUGGGAUCAGCAGCAGCAGACUCAGCAGCUAUGGGGCCAGCAGCUGUUAACGAAGGAGCAGUUGCGGGAGCAGGAGGGCGCCGAAAAGAGCUCAAGGGAGAGUGCAGAAAGCCACCAGCGCCAGGCCUCUCUGUCCCCAGGGAGGGGAAACGGUCACCAGCGCCAGGCAUCCUUGUCCCCUGGGAGUGGGGAAGGUCACCAACGCCAGGUGCGGUUGUCCCCUGACUUGAGCUCGUUCCGGCACAUAAGCCUCGUCAGCCCUCCUCCCUCUACCAUUCCUUCCCUUUCCAACGUGCCCCCCUCCAACAUUCUACCUCCUUCCAUCACUCCACCUCCCUCCGCCAUGCCGCCUGCCUCCAGCAUUCCACCUGCCCCCAACAUUCUACUCAACAGUACCUGUCUCUCACACCUAGAGCCUCUGGGUUCCCAACCCCCACCGAAUUUUCCUCGUCGUCCUCAGUAUCAUUCCCCUUCACCUAUGUUUAUGCCGGUCCACUGGCCUCUCUUUCCCCCUCAUCAACCUUCUGCCACGGUAUUAAAACAAGAGCCAUCAGUGGAUAUGCUUAUAACGGGUACAAAUGCAGUACCAGUAAGCGAGUUUGAACAGAGUCCUUCUAGGGAUCAUUCUACAAGGGCUCUUAGAUCUGUGGCUUCAAUUGUGGAAGCCAGGGGACAUGGAACAACAACAGAGUCAAAAGACACAGUAGGAGCAGCAGCAGCAGCAGCAGAAUCAGCAGCAGCAGCAGCAGAAUCAGUUGCGGCAGCGGCAGCAACGGUGGGAACAGGAGAAAGUCAUGGGAGAAUGGAAGGGCACUUAAUGCAAGCCCACACUCGAAGCAGUGGGUCCGACAGUUCUCCAGUGCUGCUUUGGGGUGUGAAUCUCAAUCACGGUGUCGGAGCCAGCAGUGGAAUGACUACAUGCGGAGAAGAGGGCGCAGUACAUCCCAUUCGGCCCGAGUCGCAGGGUGCAAGCUUGCCAGCGGCUACACGCCUGCAUUCCCAAACAUUAGGGGCAGCAUUCUCUGCAAACAUUGUUUCAAAUGCCGAAGGCUUAGUAGGGGCUGGGGAACAGAGCAUUGAUCACGGGGGGUGCAAGGAGCAUAUGGUGUUGCCGGAGUCAUGUUGCUCAUGGAACUGUGUCUAUUUUUCCAUCCCAUGUCGCCAGAAGCAAGUCAAAGCCGAGGCAGCAGAAAUGUCUGGUGCUUCAGAGUAAGUUAGAAAGCCAGUAAUGCCUCAUUCAGCAUUGACAUCAGUAUGAGUACAUAUGAUGUACCGUAUGCACAUUUUCAACACAAAUUGUACUUGGAAGUGCCUCACAAAGUUUUUGCAGGUAUUGUGUAGCAACGAGGAUGCAGAGAAAGUU